UCUGUUACGCGUCCUCAAUUCAUUUGGAUGUGUUGACAGAUGGUGAAAUGUGUUUGAGCUAGGCUAUGAAAGUCAACGGUCCAAUAUUCUAGAACACUGCUGCGCGCACGCGUACAUGUUUUGGACUAUAAUAAACUUAGGCUGCGUCGCCGUUUCUUUUUCUGUUUUCUCUAGUUGUGCGAGUGUGCUCUAAGGUAACUCCACCGUAAGCGCUGCAACCCUAGGCAGCUGGCACUUGGCUCAAUUCACCGACUGGGAAAGAGGUCCCCGUCCACUGAUGACAGGCUUGGCAGCAGAUCAAACUACAAAGUGGCAGGACUUCUCACUGACUGGUCCCGGUGAGGAAGGCAAUAGACGACAGCAGCAGGCACAACGUCAGCCCAACGUUAUCCCCAGCAUGGCAUGUUCUCCUGAAAGUGGGACAGACAUUUCUUCCCUGCUCCAGCUCCAGGAUGUGGGCUCCAGCAAGGUCCAAGAGAGGGGGAGCUCCCCGGGACUCCUACCUGCCCUCUACAGCCCUCCGAGCGGCAUGGAGAGCCGCACAUUCUGCAUCCCCUCUCCCUACACAGACAACAGCCAUGAUUACAGUCACAGCCACGGACCCCUAGCCUUCUACAACCCCUCUAUGCUCGGCUACAGCAGACCACCUAUCUCCGACAGCCCUUCUCUAUGUCCACCCCUCAGUCCCUCUCUCUUCUGGCCCAACCAUGGCCACGGCCAGCACAACAUGCCCUCGCUGACCCUGCACUGCCCCCAGCCCCUGGUGUACAGUGAGCAUAACCCCCACACCCCCUGGGUGGAGCCUAAACCCCACGGCCUCAGCCCCAGCAGCCCUCUCCUCCACCCUACCAAGCUGCUGGGGAAGAGACUGGAGGACGGAGAGGAAGUGAACUCCUCCUCAGCCAGCUGUGUGGUGGUGAAGGCAGACAUGCACUUCUGUGCCGUGUGUCAUGACUACGCUUCGGGCUACCACUACGGCGUGUGGUCUUGUGAGGGCUGCAAGGCCUUCUUCAAGAGGAGCAUCCAAGGCCACAAUGAUUACAUUUGUCCAGCAACUAACCAGUGCACUAUCGACAAGAACCGCCGUAAAAGCUGCCAGGCCUGCCGCCUACGCAAGUGUUAUGAAGUGGGCAUGAUGAAGUGUGGUGUGAGGCGAGAGCGCUGCAGUUCGGGGGCGAGGCACCGGCGUGUACCUCAGGGGCGGGGGGCAUCAGGCGGGCUGGUAGGGGUAGGGACCAGGGCCCAGAUGCGUCUGGAGGGGGGCUCCCACCCCCAGCUGGAGGUGCACCACUCGUCAUUGACCCCAGAACAGCUGAUCUCCUGCAUCAUGGAAGCGGAGCCGCCAGAGAUCUACCUGAUGGAGGACCUGAAGAAGCCCUUUACCGAGGCCAGCAUGAUGAUGUCACUUACCAACCUGGCCGACAAGGAGUUGGUCCUCAUGAUCAGCUGGGCCAAGAAGAUCCCUGGCUUUGUAGAGCUAAGUCUGACGGACCAGGUGCACCUGUUGGAGUGUUGCUGGCUGGAGGUGCUGAUGCUGGGUCUGAUGUGGAGGUCUGUCGACCACCCUGGGAAACUCAUAUUCUCACCAGACCUAAAGCUCAACAGGGAAGAGGGAAACUGUGUGGAGGGCAUUAUGGAGAUAUUUGACAUGCUGCUGGCAGCCACCUCUAGGUUCAGGGAGCUGAACCUUCAGAGGGAGGAGUACGUCUGUCUGAAAGCCAUGAUCCUCCUCAACUCCAACAUCUGCUCUACCUCUCCGGAGAGGGCAGAAGAUCUGGAGAGCAGGGGGAAGCUGCUGCGUCUGCUGGACUCUGUGACGGAUGCCCUGGUGUGGGCCAUCUCCAAACGAGGCCUGUCAUUCCAGCAGCAGUCAUCCCGCCUGGCCCACCUCCUCAUGCUACUCUCACACAUUCGCCACGUCAGUAACAAAGGCAUGCAGCACCUCUCUAGCAUGAAGAAGAAGAAUGUUGUGCUGCUCUAUGACCUGCUCUUGGAAAUGCUGGACGCCAACACAACCCACAGCAGCCGUAUGUCCGCAACUCAUGACCCCUCUAACAAUGACCCCACAGAGCCCCCAGCAGCACCAGCUCCUGCUGUAGACACUCAGCUCCUGCUAACAUUCCAAAACCCAGAGGAGAGCCAAACACUCGAGAGCAUUAGUACAUCCAGCCAGGGUGCUGGCCAGCCGAGAGAGGGGAGAUGUGUACCUCAGUAAGAGGGACAGUGACAGGAUACAGCGUGGGACAUGGAUGGAGACUGCCUGAGACUGUAAAUCACCCCAAAGGGGUGAAUGGACUGAAGGAGAGGCCAGACUGGCACAAUAGGACAAGUGUGGAUCUGACCAAAGUCCACACUCUGGGACAGUGUACACCAUUCCCAAUAGGCUGACUGAGAGUAAAAUCUCUUAUAGACUGCAGAAUGUGUCAUUGUGAGGUAAAUAUUACAGUUGUAUCCUUUUCGGAUGUUUUUGGUCUAUGGAAAAUAUAUGAUUUGUAACAGUGAAUUGACUGUAUUUUUGGUGUAAUUUCCUUGUAUUAAUGCAGUUGGUAAUGUAGCUAGUAAUGAGUACAUCUUUUAACCUCUACCAGUCAAAAUGUGUCUCCUUUUGAUAUAUUUCUAAACUUUUUCACCUUUAUCAGUGUCUGCCGAACAAUUCAUACCAUCCUACUGUAACUGGCUUACUUGGAAAAUGGUGCAUGAAGUCCAUGCUGUGAACAUGAUUUAUCAAACAGGACUAUAGCAAUGAGAUGUGCAUUUGACAUUUCAGAUUGUGGGUGUUCUUUGCCUCAUACCACCAGGGCACACUGCUAUUACAGUACAGUAACUAACUUUUCAUGCUGGAUGUGUGGAGGGGAGUGUUAUGAUGUACUCAUUGUAAAAACCUACAUUUCAACCAGAUGACUUUUGUGGCCUUUGAUUUAGGAUGACUGCUAGUCUCCAUUCACGUUUGUGUGAAGCGAUCAGAAGCCAAACAAAAACCAGCAACUGCUAGAAAGUCACACACUUGUACUUCUGCAUCCUGAUCAUACCCUGUCCCUCCUGUAAUGAUUUGGUGCUUCUGCUGUUUCUGAUGUUCAAUGUCAAAGUCAUGUUUGUAUUGAUAGAAAAUCUACAUACAGAGCUUGUCAUAUUGAGGCAUUUGAGCCCCAAUGGAAUUGCAACCAAACAUCUUAAAAGCAACUGUAAAACGUGAAUGUAGUUCUAUUGACAUAAGCACAGAUUAUGGCAAACAAUGUUUAUUGUCAAGUAAAAAUGAAUUCAAGCUAUUCAUCAUCCAUAAAUAAGCAUUAAAAAAAUGUAUUCAACUGUA